UUUUUAUGAUGUACGGCGUAGUAAAUUUGGUAGUGUUUACCAUAGCGCCCACACCGACGAUUUUAAUUGGUCUAAACACACUGAAACAGGAAUUCUGGGGUACUUAAGCCUGCUGGGCUAUUAGCGACCAAUCAUUAGCGAAGAACCCUCUGUUGAUGCCCCACUAACACCACUAACAGCUAGCUGAGGCUGCCACACUAGCAAAGUGGUAGGUGCCGGUUGCCGUGUCAACUUUCCAGUACCAAAAAAAAUCAACACACCUUAUUUUUCUUUCGGUCAAUAAUAGAUAGAAGCUACCGACCCGCCGUGCAUAACCUUAAGGUAGUAGCUCCCCUUAUGACGACUGAUUUUUAUUUUAUUUUCUUACGUCGUACGCCGUACUUGAUCUGAUUUCCUCCACUACAAGUACAUACACGACUAAACUACGCCAUAUCAAAAUAAGGACGCCAUUCAUUACACAAGAAUCCAACCACGUUCGUUAUUGACGAACACUAGCAAUAGAAACAUCAUUGCUGCUGGCGUAAUUUGGAGUUUGAAAAUUACUACCAGUGUUUCAUUCUUUCGCCGUUCCCAUCACAGCUAUUCUUAAUAUUUUGUGAUUGUUUAUGUCGGCGAUCAUAGAUUAAUCUUGAGACGUCGUAGAGGGAGUAUUGUCGAGAAGGAACACAACAUACAGAAGCAUCCAGGAUGGCUUCUUUCAAAGACCCUGGUGCAUCUUCCAUCACGGUCGCAGUCCGAGUUCGACCUUUCACAAUCCGGGAAGCUGCACAAUUGCAACGAAAUGACGAUGGCACGGUAUUCCUAGGAGAUGGCUCUCUAGCCGCAGCUCCUACACCGAAACUGAAGCAGAGUGGAAUCCGAUCCGUUAUUAAAGUGGUCGAUGACCGAUGCUUAGUAUUCGAUCCUCCGGAAGAUAACCCUGUCCAAAGAUUUUCACGAUCCGUAGUACCUAAUGGCAAGAAAGUCAAGGACCAAGUCUUCGCCUUCGACCGAAUAUUCGACGAAAACACCUCCCAAACAGAAGUCUACGAAGCAACAACAAAGACAUUGUUGGAUAGUGUACUCGAUGGAUAUAAUGCGACCGUAUUCGCAUACGGCGCUACAGGUUGCGGAAAGACGCAUACCAUUACCGGAACGUCGCAGAUGCCCGGCAUUAUUUUUCUGACGAUGCAAGAACUCUUCGAGAAAAUUGCCGAGCGUAGUGAUGAGAAACACACCGAGAUCUCUUUAUCGUAUUUGGAGAUCUAUAACGAGACCAUCAGAGAUUUGUUGGUCCCAGGAGGCAGCAAGCAGGGAUUGAUGCUCCGUGAGGAUUCCAACCAAGCUGUCACGGUGUCUGGACUCACUAGUCACCACCCUAAGGAUGUUCAGGAGGUUAUGGACAUGAUUGUUCAAGGGAAUGAAUAUCGAACGGUUUCGCCAACAGAAGCGAAUGCCACUUCUUCUCGAUCACACGCCGUCCUUCAGAUUAAUGUCGCUCAAAAAGACCGCAACGCAGCUGUCAACGAGCCUCACACCAUGGCCACUCUCAGUAUUAUCGAUCUUGCAGGUAGCGAACGAGCUAGUGCUACCAAGAACCGAGGCGAACGACUAAUGGAGGGUGCCAACAUUAAUAAGUCAUUGCUUGCAUUGGGUAGCUGUAUCAAUGCGCUGUGCGACCCUCGAAAACGAAACCAUGUGCCAUACCGAAACAGCAAGUUGACACGACUGUUGAAGUUUUCCCUUGGUGGUAACUGCAAAACGGUGAUGAUCGUCUGUGUUAGUCCUUCAAGUGCGCACUUUGAUGAAACCCAGAAUACUCUUCGAUAUGCCAACCGAGCCAAGAACAUCCAAACCAAGGUUACUCGAAACGUCUUCAAUGUCAACCGACACGUCAAGGAUUUCUUGGUCAAGAUCGACGAGCAAAUGGCGUUAAUCAACGAAUUGAAGGCGCAACAGAAAGAUGCAGAGAAGAUUUUCUUUGCCAAGUUCCAGAAGCAACUAGAAAAGAAGAGUUGGUCCGUCAAGGAAGGAGUUCAGAGAAUUCAGACAGCGUACGAAAACUCGAUGCCAGAGCGGCAAGAGAAGGUGAAUUUAAUGAAGAAGCAACGUGGUAUCGAGCGUCGUAUCGGUUUAUUGUCAUCUUGGAUCGCAGCAUUCGAUGCGGUUUGUGAUGCAAGAGAAGACGAAGACUCGAUGCCGCCGAACCUAACAACGAUGCGCAAGACGGCUUUAGGUAUUCAGCUAGAACUCGAGGAUAGCCGACAACACAUCCACCAAAGGUUGAGUAAGAUGAAUUGGGAACGCGCUAUUGACGGAGCUCUCCAACAUAGUAUCAACCAGUUACCUGCAGGAGAAGGUCAUACGGUGGAUAAUGGUGAAGUCGAAAGCUUAACUCGAGAAGCGGAAUUGUGGAAGGCCAACUUCGCCAGGGAAGCUGAUCGCGAAGUCCUCGAACAAGAUAAGGCGGGCGAUGCAGGAAUCAUGCAAGUCCUUCUAACUGCGCAAUUCGAAAUCCUUGCUUCGCUUUCGGAGACGAUUAAUAUGAGCGAGGAAGAAGCCGUCGCCCACGCCAAGAGUCUCAUCCACCGUCUACUAGAGACCGGUUUCACGGCUACCGCUCAGGUAGUCAAGCCCGAUGGUGCCAAGAUGCCCGUUGAAGCAUUCCCACCUACGAAACGUGGUACUCCGAAGCGAAAGAAGACGGCUAGCCUAGGAAAGGAUGCUCUGAAGCCAAUUCCUAAUCCGCAGCUAGCAGCAGUUGUAGCAGCUCAACCAACUCAGAUGUCCGGUUCCCCAGUUAGAGGCUCACCCCGACGUCGUAAAGUACUCAAUGCGCGCAAGGGUGUAUCAUUCACCCCAGUCAAGAAGAAGUCUCCUUCGAAGCGUGUAGUACGAUGGCGUGAUGAUGAUGGCGAGUCAGGUACUCUGGCUGAUUUCGAGAAGACUCCUAAGAAGUUUGAAUCUUCACCUACUCGUAAUUCGCCCGAGAAACCAAUGCCAGAUGUUUCUUCGAUCCCGUUCAACUUGAACAAGGAUAGUUCUUCGGAUGAGUCAAGUCCUUCUCUAACUAUCCCCGAAACGUCAAGCAUACCUGCUGCGAAGCCUAACAGAUUCCAAGCUGGAUUCUUGUCCAAGGCUCGCCCGUCGGAUGUAGGCGGUGGUUCACCCACUCCUCCGACAAUCUCUCUUAACCUUGCGUCUUCGUCUGAUGGUGAAGAAAAGGAUAAACCUAGUCCUUUGCGAAGUCUUGAUGUGUCUAGAGCUGGUAACAUCAGCUCUCCCAAGACUCGUCUUUCAUCUCUCAGUCCGUCAUCAAUUCCGAUGCCUCGUGUUGUCUCGUCUUCGGAUGAGAACCAACCACCAUCAUCUGAUUCAGAAACGUCUGCUAUCAUUGACACGUCCAAGCUUCGGUCAGCUAUCCAUGCAAGCAAGCGACCUAAGCGUCUAUCUACCCUAGCAGGAAGCGUUACCGGACCCGUUGCGACCUCUAGAAGGGUGUCGUCAAUUGGAGCUCUCGGCGGUACGCACAAGGCUAGCAACAGUUACUCGGGUCCACUCUCUUCGAGCACCAAUGGUAUUUCACGACUCCGACGUGGCAGUGCUGAGAGACGUAGAAGCCCUCCCAUCAGCUGCUCACCUCCGGAAAUGCGUGAAUCUAAGGCCUUCACCCCGGGACAGGCUCGACGAAUGAACCUUAGCAGCAGCGUUCGAGGUCCGGGAGCUAUGACUAGCCCAAGCGAGAGGCGAGAUAACAACCGUGGACGUCGUAUUACUAUUGGUAGUGCGGGUAUGGCGGGUGCUGGUGCUCGAAAGGAAAGAGGUAGCUUGGCUUGGCGUUAAGUUGAGCCGAAUUGAAAGUCGAGAAAUUGGUGAUGAUUGUCAAUAGGAUGCCUGAUGAAAACCCGAUGAAUAGGGUGAAGAUGAGUAAUGAUCAAGGGAUUUCGCAGGAGUUUAUAGAUGGCAUUGCAAAUUGCUGAAGUUCUUGUUUUCUUGUCUUUCCGGCAGGUCUUCUGACACAGAGAAGCAGACAGGCGUUUAGGUCUUCGUUUUCUCAUACCAUCAUCAUUAUCAAACCCAUCUAGUCGGUCGGUUAGGAAGGAAGUUUUCGGAGUUGUUGUACUUUUUUUGAUUCUGAUGUAUUCAAUAUUUCUUCUUCUGUAUCCAUUAGGAGAUUAGGGUCUUCGUACCUUGGGCUAUGAGGUUAUUCAAUAAGUAAUGCAUGAUAAUUUGUUCAUACGAUGAUGUAGAUGAUUGCGAUGCUGGUGAUACAUUCUUUGCGACAGGUGCGCGACACGGCGUCGCAUAUUCACUCGCGACGAAAAAUAAAUGAAGAAUCUCGGCGUUCAUUAUUUACAAGUUUAAGAUUGAGAAAUCAAAACAAUGCUGCGUGCAGAAAUCCAGAUUAUUCCGUUUGUUGCGUCGAUUUGAUGGAUUGAUUAUUCUACUUUGUUACUCGGUUUUUGGUUGGCCGCCGUAGACCCCUCUAGAAAAAGAACGAUAAUGACGUC